UUUAGCAGGUAUGGUAAAACCGACAAGCGUUAAAGAUGUUGAUCAGCAUGAAAUUGUACGUCAAAUUGCGGGUUUUUUGAAAAAAAGUGGCAAAGUAAGGGUGCCAGAUUGGUCAGAUGUCGUUAAAUUGGGCCAAAAUAAGGAAUUGGCACCGACUUAUAACGAUUGGUACUACAUCCGAACGGCGAGCAUUGCGCGUCGUUUGUAUAUUCGUUCACCGACUGGUGUUGGUGCACUGAGACGUGUAUAUGGUGGUAAUAAACGACAUGGUGUAUUACCGAAUCAUUUUGUGAAAUCAUCCGGUUCGGUUAUACGUAAAGCUUUGCAGACAUUGGAAGCUAUCAAAUGGGUAGAAAAAGAUCCGGAUGGUAAGGGACGCAUAUUGACUAAACAGGGUCGCAAAGAUCUGGAUCGCAUUGCAUCACAGCUGCGUCAGAAUACAAAGCAUUCAUUCGAACCAUAAAUUUAUGGAUGGUUUUGAUAAAGAGAGGAAAAAAAUUUUUUUUUUGAAAAAUUAAAAUGAUUCUGUUGUUAAAUGUAGAAAAAUAUGUUGAAAAUAUAUUUGUUUGUCAUAAACUGAUGCUUUUUUACGGUUUAGUUUCUUUAACCGCGUUGCUGUUGAUCUAACAUAAAAAAUUACAUGACAAUCUCAGCACUCCAGAAAUAUUUGAUGCUGAAAAUAAAACAUUUUUGAAUUCGAG